AUGGCUCUUCCUUACAAGAAGGUACUCCUGGUUGGGGCUACAUCUGGUAUCGGUCGUGCUUUAGCCGGAAGCCUUGUCGAGCAUGGCUGCUUCGUGAUUGCCGUUGGUCGACGACAGGAGCUCCUUGACUUGUUUCUACAGGAAUACGGCGCGGACAAGGCUGCAUCUUUCAGCCUCGAUAUCAGCAAGCUAGAUGCAAUUCCAGACUUUGUAAAGAGUGUGACCUCAUCCCAUCCAGAUUUAGACUGCGUCUUUGUCAACUCGGGGAUUCAACGGCGGUCUGUUUUUAUCAACUAUGUUUCCUACGUUGCAUUGGCGAAGGAGUUUCUACCCUUUCUUAUCGCCACAAGGGACACUCCAACAUCACUCAUAUUCACUUCGUCCAAUCUCGCACUAGUUCCCAUUCUUCGCUGCUCCAACUACUGCGCUUCCAAGGCUGCGCUGCAUCAUUGGAUCCUCUGCCUGCGGGAGCAGCUAAAGAACACAAACAUCAAAGUGAUUGAGAUCUUUCCACCUAUCGUGCAAACCGAACUUCAUGAUCCAAAGCACCAACAUGACAUGGCAGAAACGGUCCAUGGAAAGCCCUUUGGUAUCCCAGUAAAGGAAUUUACUGAGGAGACGAUGGAGAAGCUUCUUGCUGGAGACGACCAGAUUCCAGUAGGUCUGUCGAAUAUUGCCUUUAACAGCUGGGAACAGCAGCGCCAGCAGGCCUUUCGGGGAGUGGUUGAGAUGGUGCGAAAAGGCGGAUUUUAA